ACCUGGGGCUCCCAGCUCAGCCAUGCUGGCCUGUCUGCAGAGGACUCAGAACCCGCCCGGCCAACACCUGGUCUGUCCAAGCAAGAGCCUGGAGCUGCGCAAGUGCGAGUCGGUGGCCAGCUCUAUGCAUUCCUCCCGCUACCCGAGCCCAGCCGAGCUGGAUGCCUACGCCGAGAAGGUGGCCAACAGCCCGCUGUCCAUCAAGAUCUUCCCCACCAACAUCCGAGUGCCGCAGCACAAGCACCUUAGCCGCACGGUCAACGGCUAUGACACCAGUGGCCAGCGCUACAGCCCAUACCCUCAGCACUCCACCGGCUACCAGGGCCUGCUGGCCAUCGUCAAGGCUGCGGUCGUCUCCUCUAGUUCGGCAGUGCCCGCUGGGCACGCCAAAAGUGUGCUCAAGAGUGUGGAGGGCAAGCGGACUAAACUGUCGCCGGCCGCGGUGCAGGUGGGCAUCGCACCCUACCCGGUGCCCAGCACCCUGGGGCCUUUGGCUUACCCGAAGCCACCCGAGGCCCCUGUCCCACCGCCCAGCCUGCCUGCAGCCGCCGCUGCCACGUCUGUGAUCCCUCUGCCGGGCCGGGGCCUUCCCCUGCCACCCUCCAACCUGCCCUCCAUCCAUAGCAUCCUCUACCAGCUCAACCAGCAGUGCCAGGCCCCCGGUGCUGCACCAAGCGCCUGCCAGGGCGUGGCUGUGCCCCACCCUAGUCCAGCCAAGCACGGCCCGGUGCCCAACUUUCCUAGCAUGGCUUACUCAGCCACGGCCGGUCUGCCAGACUGCCGGAAAGGCACAGAGCUGAGCCAGGGAGCCACACCAGCACUGACAGUGCCCGGGGCCAUCAAAGCUGCAGGGUUUGCAGACGGUGGCGGUGGCGGCCUGGAUUACCUGCUGUGGCCACAGAAGCCACCUCCACCCCCACCCCAGCCACUUCGGGCCUACAGCAGCAGCAGCACCACCACCACUGUAGCCAACAAGUCCCCUGAGACGUGUGGCGGCCGGGCAUUUGAGAGGGCCAACGCGUCGCCCCACAAUUGUGGCAUGGGGCUGCCCACCAGCUUCACCGUGGGCCAGUACUUCACUGCCCCUUGGAACAGUGUUCUGGUGACACCUACCAGCGACUGCUACAAUCCAGCAGCAGCUGCCAUAGUGACAGAGCUGGGACCAGGAGCUGGCAGGGAGCUAACGGGACCUCCUGCGGACACACUCUCUGGCCUGGCCAGCAAGAGUGUGUGCAACACAGCCAUGCUGAGCAGUAGCCUACAGUCGCUGGAAUAUCUUAUCAACGACAUCCGGCCGCCCUGUAUCAAGGAGCAGAUGCUGGGCAAGGGCUACGAGACGGUGGCUGUACCCCGGCUGCUGGACCACCAGCACGCCCACAUCCGGCUACCUGUCUACAGAUAAGGCCCGCCCUGCGGCACAGGAACUGAUGGGCGGAUGGACAAGGUG